UAGCCGGAAGUGCGCGACAGGAGAACCCGGAAGCGCCAUGGGUUGCGAUGGCGGCACCAUCCCCAAGCGGCACGAGCUGGUCAAGGGGCCCCGCAAAGUGGAGAAGGUUGACAAAGUUGCAGAAUUGGUGGCCAGGUGGUUCUACUGUGCCCUGAGCCAGGAGAAGCUGUGUCGGCCCAUCGUGGCCUGUGAGCUGGGCAGGUUGUAUAACAAAGAUGCCAUCAUUGAAUAUUUGUUGGACAAAUCCCCUGAUAAAACCCCCAUGGAGUCUGCAUCCCAUAUCAAGAGCAUUAAGAAUGUGACAGAGCUGCAGCUGGUGGAUAACCCAGCCUGGUGUGGGGACAAGGAGAGCAUCAAGGGGGACAAGUAUGAUGACCUGCAGUGUGCACGCUUCAUCUGCCCCGUGGUGGGGCUGGAGAUGAAUGGCAGGCACAGGUUCUGCUUCCUGAGAAACUGUGGCUGUGUGUUCUCUGAGCGUGCUCUCAAGGAGAUUAAAGCAGAAGUUUGUCACAAGUGUGGUGUUCCCUUUCAAGAGGAAGAUGUGAUUGUCCUUAAUGGCAAUAAGGAAGAUGUGGAAAUUCUGAAGAAGAGGAUGGAGGAAAGAAGACUUAAAAGUAAAUUAGAAAAGAAAUCAAAGAAGGGCAAGGCAGCAGCUGCAGCAGCUUCUCAGCAAGAGCCCUCUGCAGAUUCUCCAGGUCCUUCCAAAGCUAAGAAUGGAAAGGAUGGAAAGGAUUCUGUCAGUUCCAGCUCUGGGGAAAACAGGCAGAUUAUCUUCACCAAAAGUUCAGAGAAUGGAAAUCCAUCAGUCCCAGGAAAAGUCAAUAAAGCUUCUUCCAGCAGCACCAAGAGAUCCAUUGCAGACAGCCAGGACAAGUCUGAGGCUUACAAAUCUAUUUUUACAACUCACAGCUCAGCAAAACGUUCCAAGGAGGAGUGUUCCAACUGGGUUACUCACACUGCUUACUAUUUCUGAAACUAUUUCUGCAGCCAUGAGGAGCACCCCUGGCUCCUUUCCUCCCCAGGGCUCCUGUUCACAGCUCUGUCCUUCCUAAGGAGCUGAAUCUGUGGUGUAGCAGAAGAUUUCAUCCUGAAACAUUGGAUUUUUUUUUGCACAAAAAUUCUCUUUUUCUCCUGCCAGUUGCAUGUUAUCCUCAGUCAGAUCCUCAGGAGGAGUUCCUGCUCUCCUGUUGAUUUGUGCCACCACUGUCAUUACAGUUUUCAGUCUAUUACUACAGAAUUCAAACCCUCUGUAACUUUCUGCCAGCAAAAAGAGAAAUAAUGCCUUUUUUUACCCAAGCUAGCUGGGCCCUCAGUAGAGCCAUGUAUUUCUAAAAGGUUCUGCAGGUAUUUUCAAAUAAUUUACCUUUUGACAGAGUGGAUGACAGCACAGCCAUGAAAAUGUUUGUGCAGCAUUCUUGUCCAUAUUGUUGUAGCCUGUUUUUAACAGCAGAAUAUUCCCUUUUUAAUGUUUGAAUCCCAUAAUACCCACGUGGAAUGACCAGAGGGAAGGCUGGAAGUUUUUUCCCUUUCCUCUCUCUCCCUCUUAUAAAAUUGAAAUCUGUUUUUCUAAUCUUGGCACAAACUAACCAGAAUAGAAAUGCAGAAAGCAGGAGGCUUUUGAAACCACUUUAUGAUGUUACCUUGUUACCUUUGUGUGUGAAAAUGAUUAAUUAUCCUUGUAAUUUCUUUUUAAAAGAAGUGUCCCCAUUUAUAAUUGGCAGUAGUUACCUGGAGAUUCAAAUGCUGUGUUGAUAUUUGCAUAGGUGGUCUCUGUGAUUCAAACAGCUUGAAUGAAACUGCUGGGAUUUUAUUAUUAUUUUGAUAGGUAUAAUUAAAAAUUGGCUUGCUGUAGAAUUUAUAUGGUGGUAAGAAUUUCUGUUCUCCAGAGGUGUGAGCACAUCAAACAGUUUGAGGUUUGCUGGAGCUUCCAGGAAACAUUCAGGCACAUUUUGUAUGCAUGGCUGGGGAUCAGCUUUGUUCUCCUUGUUCUCUACUCUUUUCAUUAUUAUUAUUAUUAUUAUUAUUUGUUGCUUACAGAUAAUGAAAUUUCUGCACUAAAGGUGUCCCAUAGUAGAGCUUUUGUUUGCAGUUUAAUUCUGUUGUACAAUACAUAUUAAAAUCCUGUUGGUGUUUUA